GAGCAUUUGCUACUUCUUGCUGCGCUCUCUCAGUUCACUUUUUCCAGGCUGGUUUCUCUCAUCCUCCAUCAGAGGCAAUUCAAACAGAGACUCCUCUUCUGCCACACUGGAUGAUCCUGAGGGGAAACGAUGCUCCCGAUGGCCCUUCAUCUGACCGGUCUGUGCGUUGUGUUUUGCAUCAGCGGCAGCUUGGCCACACCUCUACCUUUUGACAGUUCUCUAGAGGGAAGCACAGACGAGGAAGAGCUCAGUAACUUCACUUCCUCUCUGCCCACCAGCAACAGCUCCUCUGAGUACCAAACCACACCUGUUGGCCCCACACAUAUGGAAACGGACUUUCUGAGUCAAGUCGUGAACUUUCUGGAGGAGAACAUGCUCCUUAUCCUAGUUGCAGGCUCUUUUAUCCUUCUUGUCCUCCUUAUUAUCUGUGGAGCAAUUUUCAUGAGCCGCAGGCGCAAAGUUAAUGCCUACUACCCUUCCUCCUUCCCCUCGAAAAUGUAUGUGGACCACAGGGACAAAACUGGAGGUGCUAAACCCUUUAAUGAAGUACCAGAGAAACCUGCACCUGAGCAGCAAAGUGAGCCAGUGGACUCUCACAAGCAGCUCCAGGCAGACAUCAUGAGGGCUGCCAAGAGCCUGCGCACACCAAAUAAAUGUGUUGAGUCUGCAGAGGGAGGUGACCCCAGUCAGAAAGUAGCAGACCACAGUCCCGAGGACAGCUCUAAACCAGAUGACAGCAUCCUGGACCAGCAGUUACCAAGUCUCCCAGAGGAUAAGGAGCUGUGUGAGCUUUCUGACAGUGAAGCAGCUGCAGCAGCAGGCAGCCCUGAGCCGAAUCCUCCAGAGCAGCCUCAUCAGGAGGAAGAUGAUUCACAGGAGCCUCUGACUGGCAGGAGCCUUCGGCCCUCCUCUCUGCAUAUUCACAAUGAUUCUGCUACUCUUCAGCUGAUCGCAGGAGAGAAAACGGCCUUCUGACUGUUCUGAGCAUAGUUUUCUAGCGCUUUGAAUCUGGGACUGGCAAUUUGUCCAGGAGACCUUUGCAAAUGUUUAGUAAAAGGGAAAUGCAGAAAAUGUGCCUUAAUUCAGUUGAGGGUUUUUUGCAAUAUUUCUAUUCAGUGCAGGGAAGAUACUUGCAGCAGCCUGUGGCUUUAUUCAGACUGGAUUUAUCAUUCAUACCACAUUAUAAUGAACAUCAUUAACAUCUGGUACAAAAGCUAUUGAAGGAUAUCUCACUUUGUGUGUUUGUCUAACUCCCUAAAUAUUCCUGCAUAAGAGACACUUUAGUUCACAUUGUGGUCCCAAAUACUUCAAACCUCUGUGUAAAACACUGAAUGGUGAUGUUUUACAGAUCAGUGUUUGAAUAUUGAAGAUUAGUCAAGCAAACCAGUUCCUGACAAAAGUUGUGGUUUACAUACAGAAAGUUCAGAUUUUCAGAUCUCCUCAAUUACAGAUGUUUUUCAUGGCAGAUACAGAUUAAACAUUCCAGCAGAAGUGCACAGGUGUGCACAGCAUUUCUGGCACUGCGCUUCAUUUGAUGUGAUCCAGUUCCACAAACAUGAGAGUGCAAGUAGAUCACUGAAAUGUUUCACAUGGAGUCAUCAUUAAUUAAAACAGUUAGACCUCUGUGCUCUUCUGUUUAU